UUAUUCCUUUGAUUAAUAACAUAUUCUAAAAUGGGUUAUGAUAUGUGUUCCAACCGCUGCUGCAAUGUUUGUCUUCUAAUCGAGUUGGACAAGCAAGUAAGAGGAGCCUUGCCCUCGAAGAAACCACUAACAACAAGAUUACAGAAAUGCAGCGGCUGCCAACUGGUACUGUAUUGUAGUCAACAACAUCAACGUCUUGAUUGGCCGCUUCACCGUGAAUUCUGCCGAGGCAUUAGGAAAAUUAUGAAUACCUAUAAAAUAAAGCACCCGUUUCUACUAAGUGGUCAACCUCACAAUAUAUUUACUAUGGAACGAGCUAUACUACAAGUAAAAUACUUACUUAAAACAAACCUAAAACGAAAACUGGAAUUCCACGAAGAAGAAUUAACUUCUUUCCCAGCACAUUGUGAAGUGUGUUACAGUUUUGAAGGUCUGCGUAGUUGUAAUCGCUGUUUUGGUACUUCCUAUUGUUCCUCUCAACAUGCCGCCGAGGAUCUUGAACGUCAUAAAAAACGUUGUAGUCAACUGCAAAUAUAUUACUGUCCAUAUAAAGUGCAAGCCCGGAUUUAUCCCGACAAUCUUUUGGGUGAAUUGGGUAAACGUGUGCCAGAUUUAUUGAAAACCGAUAUAACUGGCGCUAUUGAAUAUAUAUUUUCAAAAAAGCUACCUGCAAAGCCAACAGCCUCAAUGGAAAACUACCAAACCUUCGCUACUGUAGGAGACUUUAGUUGUAUUGGCACCAUUUUGUUCGCACUCCAAUUCAUUGAUGUGGAUACAGUUAAUGCCAAAAAAUUUGUAAUUUUCAUCUUGGGCGCUACAGUGGAACAAGACUUUUGGUUUCUUCAAAUACAUACGAAGUGGUUUUUCUUACAAUAUCCAAACUUUACCAGAUUGGAACUAUAUUUUAUUGGACCUGAUGUUUUGGGCGCAGCUAAACGUGAAUGCACUUUUAAUUAUAAGGGUGCCGACCGUACUGUUUUAUAUGUGAGCCAUCGCAUGCUUUUUCAAGAUUUUGCUAAAACUAACUCUAUUAAGCCAUCAAUAAUUUGUAUCUUCAAUUGCGGUUUCUCUGAACAUGCUCCUGAGACCAUUGAAGAACAAAAGGAACAAAGUCUCCUUGGUGUGCCAGGUGAUUCCUGCGCAAGCAAGGAUACAUGGUCCGGUGGCAUUUUACAAUUGAUAAAAAGCCAUAAUACACCAAUCAUAUUUACCUCAUUAACACGCGUGGAAGCAGAUUUGGAUUUUUGUGCUGUUAAACGUGUAGCUUUAAGAAAUGGCAUAGAGACGCGCAUAGAACGGAUAUUUGAUGUAAAGGUGAAUCCUUAUCGCGAUAUCCGUCCAUUACGUAACUGGCAGCGAGAAAAUGAUGAUGACAUAUUCUAUCGAAAUGGAUAUGUGCAAGGGUUUAUAACGCAUCUCAUGGAGUAGGACUGUGCUGCAACUGAUGUGCAUUAAGUAUGCAUAAUUCAUGCAAUUUUGUAUGAAUUUUAUUUUAUCUAAACACUAUGCCUGCAACGCAUUUAUAAUAUAUACUCUGUUAAGCAUGAAUAAAUAUUUUUAUAUUAGCUGUUAAGUAUUUAGAGUAAAAGACUGCGAAUUUAAUUAUACAUUAAGCACAUUGUAAUAAUAUAUAUACGAACUACAAGAUGUAAGUUUUAUGACGAUUUUUUAAAUAAUAUAUUUUGUGUUUAUUUAAUAUAUACAAGUAUGUUUGUGCAAAGAGCUAUAUAAAUGUUUCGCUUAAUUUUGAGUAAUAAAGUUUACGUAUCA